AUGGCGAAGAAGAUCGGCGAGGUCAUCGCCGAGAUACGGGCGCUCGCCCAGAAGAACAAGUUCAAGGAGAUUGUCAAGAUACUCUCGGACCUCGCCCAUAAGUACGAGAAGAGCCCCAAGAAGCUGAUCGCCGUGCUGACAAUGCGCAUAUACUACAACAUACAGCUCAAUGCAAACCAGAGCAUUGUUUCGGACCUGAACCUCAUCAAGUCGCCGUACAGCGACAAGUGGAAGUACGAGAGCUACCCUGACGUCAAUGGCGACAGGAAAGGCAGCAUGUGCCCCUUCAGCCUAUACCUCAUGUACUCGUUCUACCCGUACCUCGUGGGAUCGACGUACACCGCGCUGGACAGGCUCCACACACUAUGGCAGUACCUGGAGAAGGAGCUCAACGAGGGUAGCCAGCCGCGCGACCUCACCGUCUCACGCAUUAUACGCGUCAGGCUGUUAGUGGCUGACGUGCUCCUCGGCGAGAAGCGCUACCUCGACGCGGUGGAGGUGCUCAUGCAGCUGCAGCAGAGCUAUGCCAAACAGGAUCACGCCACCAACGCCAUGCUCGCUGUUCUCUACAGCCAGAUCGGAGAUACCGCCAAUGCGCAGAAACACAUCGAGAUCGCAAUGGAGCUGGCUCCGCCGCAAGCCGAGAUUUAUCGCGGGAUGUAUUGCGCGGUCAGCGGGGACUUCGAGGGAGCCUAUAGCAUUUACAACGCGUGCAGCACGUCGGGAGUGGACAUGGAGGAGAGCUUGCUGGUCUCCGCGUGCGAGAACAUGCUCAUCAACAAUGCGGCAGUGUCGCUGUUCUACCUGAACCGCACGGCGGCCUCGAAAACGACCAUCGACUCAUGUAGACACGUAUGCAAGAACUCCAGGCUCUUCAAAGGAAUCAUGCUGAACGCCGCAAUGCUCAAAGGGCUGGCGGUCGACGUAGACACGAAAUACGCCGAGGACGAUAUCGAUUGA